CUUUCUCAGACAGUCAAGGAAUGACCUAAGACAUGGCCGAGUCGUCAUGUCUGCCGCUCGUGGUGCUGCUGCUGGCCGCCGCCGCCGCGGCCGCCCCCGACCUCGCCCGCCAACUUGACCUCUUCGACCCGGCGCGGGCCGCCUCCGACGCCGCCUCCACCAACGUCACCGUGCCCUGCGCCCAAGCCAUGGCCGCCUUCGCCGACGGCCUCGCCACCCACCAAGACUGGGCCGCCAAAAUGUUUGACGCGAGCGGGCGGUACUCAACCGGCUUCCUGUGGGGCAACAACUUCUGGCUGGGUUCGAGCGACCUGUGCAUGACGCUGGAGGAGAACGCGGUGGUGCCGGCGGUGUUCUCGGUGGCGCGCUUCAGCCUGGACGUGCCGCGCAUCACGGCCAAGACGCGCACCGUGCACGUGGGCAUGUGCCUGCCACGUGCGUGCGGCCUCGAGGACCUGCGGGUGUUGGUGGGGGCGGGACUGACGCAGUUGGAGCAGCGCAACGCCACGCUGGAGGCGGUGCGUUCGCCGCAGCUGGACGAGUACCGGUUCUACGCGGACGGCACCUUCGUGGUGCUGGCGCUGGUGUGCGCCCUCGUGCUGGCCCUCAUGGUGGCCGGCUCGAUCGUGGACGCGCGCAAGCCGCCCCCACCGGCCGCCCCCGCCACCCCCGAGUGCGAGGACGGCAGCGUCGGCAAGCCGCCGAUCGCCCUGGACGUGGUUCCUGCGCCCAAACGCAAAAUGGCGCUCAGCGCCUUCCUCGUCUGCUUCAGCGUGCAGCGCAACGCGCGCGCCAUCUUCGACCAGAGCGUCGGCGGCGACACGCUCGCGCCCAUCCAUGGCCUGCGCUUUCUCAGCAUGGUGUGGGUCAUCCUGGGCCACUCGUGCAUCGUCAUCUUCAAGUACGCCGACAACACCGACUUCCGCGGCGUCGUCGAGCGCGAGUUCCUCUUCCAGACCAUCAGUAACGCGGCCUUCUCCGUCGACACCUUCUUCUUCAUCAGCGGCCUGCUCUUCUCCUUCCUCUACUUCCGCACCACGGCCAAGGUCGACCUCAACAAGAUCACCAAGGCCACCGGGCUCAAGUCCAAGGGACUCCAGUUCUUCGGACUCCUCGCCUACAGAUUCGGCAGGCUCACCGCUCCUUAUAUGUUUGUUCUUGGAGUGGUUCAAGUUUCAAUGCGCUGGUUCUACCACAAGUCUGUUUUCGAGCCGCCGACCCUCGACCACGAAAACUGCCCUCAGUAUUGGUGGAGAAAUUUGCUUUACAUCAACACCCUGUUCCCGGUGAAGGACAUGUGCAUGUUGUGGAGUUGGUAUUUGGCCGACGACACGCAGUUCUACGUUUUGGGCGCGCUGCUGAUGAUGGUGGCCGUCGAAAGGUUCCGGACGGCGGCGCUCGUGUUCGGCGGUCUGAUGUUCAGCUCGUGGUGCACGACGGCGUACAUCGCGUUUAACAACGACCACAACCCUAGCAUGGACGACCCACUGGCCCUUUUCGACAAAAUCUAUGACAAGCCGUGGACGCGGCUUGGCCCGUACUUGGUCGGCAUGGCCACCGGCUGGCUCCUCUUCACCAUGAACUGCCGCCUGCGCCUCGGCAAGGGCGGCGCCGCCCUCGGUUGGAGCGUGUGCGCGGCAGUGAUGCUGAGCCUGCUGUACGGCCUGUACGACGCGCAACUGGACGCGUACACUUCGGCCGCCUACUCUUCGCUGAGCCACACGGCGUGGGCGCUGGGCACCGCCUGGGUGAUCGUGGCCUGCAGCACCGGCCACGGCGGGUUCGUCGGCCGCCUUCUCUCGGCGCCCAGUCUUUACCCCAUGAGCAGGGUCACCUACUGCGCCUACCUCAUCCACCCCCUCAUCAUCCGCAUGAUGGUCAUGUACGUCGACAGCCCACUCCACUUGGCCAGGACUACAGUUAUGCUGCUGUUCCUGGGGCACGUCGUCCUUUCCUACCUCAUCGCGUUUGCCAUUUCUGUAUCAUUCGAGGCGCCUGUGGUGGCGUUGUUGCGCCUCAUCAGUCCAAAGAAAGAGUGAUGAUCUGUGAUCGUUCCUUUUCAACUUGUCCUUGUAAAUUUUUGUAUUUUAUUUAUUAUUAUAUGGACUUUUUUGCAUCAUGUAAUAUAACAAUAGUGAUGAACUAAAUAAACGCUCAUGUAAUAUUUUUCAUAUAA